CGCUUUUUUCCUUUUCCUUUUCUGCGAAGCUUUCAGCCAAGGUACCAGGUUGGUUCCCUCUCGCCUGGCUCGCCUGGUUCAGCUCCCAUCCCAUUCCCUUGGGACCGAUCAUCAUUUGCUCAUUGCGCCAAAAGCCCGCACCCAUUUUUUCUUCUUCUCCAUGCGACUGUCCAAAGCCACCACCACCAAAACACCAACACCUACACCUACACCACAACUUGCGACCACGCUCGAAAACGCCCACGAUCCCACGAUCCCCGGACCCGAGGCGAACGAACGCACGAGGAGGACGAGGACUAGGAACUUGGAAAGGAGGAUCGGCAGUUUCCAACGGAUCCCUUGCAAUCCGUGUCCAACUCGAGAACUGCAAGGCGGGACAAACCCGAAAGCAAGCAAAGCAAAGCAACCAUAGCCGAACUCAGCCCGCCGGCUACCCGCACGCGACAACCUCGUUUUCCCUACCACUCCGUCUGCAGAAACCCGCCACGCCCAAUCUUUUGCGCAAACCCUCGAGAGCACACGGCGGACGAUUUGCAUCAUUCACCCCCGGUGUCAAAUGAUCUACGAACCCUCGUCUACUGCGUAACCUUUGAGGUCCAAUGGGAGCCGCUGCCCCAUUGAACUGAUUCCGAGCCCGCCCUCCACCACCACUACCACUACCACUACCGCCACCACCCAUAACCGCUGCCGUCACCCAGCCUGGGUCUCUCGCCAUGCCAGAGAACGGCAAAGACGUAAAGUCUGAAGCGCAAGACGACAAGGAAAAGCGCGACAAGACCGAGAACAAUGGUGGCCAUGCUCACUCGGCCAAGAGCCCCAAGAAACGCCGCAAGGUCAACCACGCUUGCGUCUACUGCCGGCGAUCUCAUAUGACAUGCGAUCUCGAACGACCGUGUACAAGAUGCAUCAAACGCAAUAUUGGCCACCUCUGCCACGAUGAGCCCCGCGACGCCGAUUCCAAAAAAGCCAAGAGCUCUCACGCGCCAUCCGCUGUCGAUGAGUCCGAGACGACGCAAUCCGAGCUCACGAGAAGCUCCAUCGACCAAUCUGCGACCGGCUCCAUGGGCCCGCCGCCCCCUUUCGACCGCAAGGCGUCUGCUUUUGGCGCCGCUGUACUGGGCCAGGGGAACCCGCUGCACCUCGUGUCACCGGGAGCAGGCACCGGCAUGGCGGGAAACGGCAGUAAUAUGAACCAAUUUGCUGGAUUCUCCGAUGCUUGGUUGACGGCCCAGAACCACUACCACGACAUGCAAAGCUAUCACCCCAACAACUACUUGAUCGCCCCCGAAGUUACGCACGAGUUCAACCUGUUGAAUGACUUUCUGCAGACGAGCUUACUGGAUGACGGCGGCAUCGUCUCCGACGAGUCCCAAAACAGCCCCGCCUUCAGCAGGACCGCGGGCGCCAACGACAUGCUGCCGACUUUUGGAAACCAUAAUGGGAAUAACCGGGCCGGUACUGGCAAUGGCAACAAUGCGCUUUCGCAGAUGCUGCCUCCACAGAACCUGGAGCAGGGCAAGGCGAUAUCACGGCCAGGCAGCAUCGUUCAGGGCGAUAAAGACAAGGCGCGUGAAUACUACCUCCAGGCGGCCGAUCCUUCAGGAAACGACACGCCUGAAGAGCGCAUGGACCGUGUAUUGAAGGCCAAGUACGAGGCCGGUCUGCUGAAGCCUUUCAACUAUGUCAAGGGCUACGCGCGACUGGGCACGUAUCUGGAUGGCCACAUCGCUGCAUCAUCGAAACAAAAGAUUCUGCGAACGAUUGAUCGAUUCCGACCCAAGUUCCGCGAAAAGGCGCAAGCUCUGACGGAUAUGGAACUGCUUUACGUGGAAAUGUGGUUCGAGAAACAGCUCAUGGAGUACGACCGUGUAUUUGCCAGUAUGGCGGUGCCAGCGUGUUGUUGGCGGAGAACUGGAGAGAUCUUCAGAGGCAAUAAUGAGAUGGCGGAACUUCUCCACGUGCCUGUGGAGAACCUCCGCGACGGCAAAAUCUCACUUCACGAAAUUCUGACGGAAGAGUCUCUCGUGCGAUACUGGGAAGAGUUUGGAACCAUCGCCUUCGAUCCCGCUCACGAUACGUUACUUACAGCCUGCACACUAAAGAACCCCGACGACAAGGCGACAGACCCAGUGGUUCAUUGCUGCUUCUCAUUUAUGAUUCAACGAGAUAAUCACAAAAUCCCUACGCUCAUCGUAGGUAACUUUUUGCCCAACGAUCCAGCCCGGCCGUAAUCAUUUGCAUUGCAAGGGGACUUCUUGGAACACCUUGGUUUGGGGGGUUUGGAAACACAAAAUCAAAGGGGGCAGGCGUCAUUGGAUACCAGAGCAUUCUCCGGUUCGGUUGCAUUUUUGAACGCUCUUUUGCAUAGGCGGGAGGAAAGGACCACCGCCAGUACAUAACAGGCUUGUCUAGUAUAUCCUUAUUUUUUUGUUCGAAGCCUCAAGUCAUUGCUUCCCAUCAUGUCCUUCAGGUUCUGUUCUUUCCGGUCCGGGUCAGAAGUUUGUCGGGGGAGAGUAACUC